GGAUUCUCAGCAAAUCGCAUUGGAGUAGAAGAUCUCCGGAUGCUACGAUAUGCGUGACUAGGACCAAUGUUAAUGUAACUGACGUAAUGCAACCGACCCAAAGAGCUUCUUGCUACAGACGCCAGAGUUCUUACGGACUGCCGCUUUCUUUGAUCUUCUUCGAGGUUGACUUUCAUCCUGGUAGAAUGGUGAAGAUACAGCAAACUCACUAAGUAGCUGCUCAAUUACUCGACACAUAUUUUGGAAAACCCAAUCAUUGAAACUUGAAUACAUCGCAGAGGUAAUGUCAUUAAGAUAUGAAGCGUCUAAGCCAAAUUGUCGCGUUCCCAGCAUUCCUCCCCGCUUUCGCGGCAGCGACCCUCACGUUCCCAGACUGCAUCAACGGUCCUGAGAUCCUUACGUCGAAUUUAGUCUGUGACAAAAAAGCAUCUCCUGCAGAGCGUGCGGUGGCAUUGAUAGGUGCCUGGAAUAUUACAGAGAAGCUUGCCAAUCUAGUCAAUGGCAGCCCUGGCACAGCGCGACUAGGUCUGGCCCCUUACCAAUGGUGGAGUGAAGCGUUACAUGGGAUCGGCUUCUCUCCGGGAGUCGCAUUUACCUCGUCGGGAGAAUAUUCCGGUGCUACUUCUUUUGCCAGUCCAAUACUAAUGUCCGCCGCAUUCGACGACGAGCUCGUCUACGCAAUCGGCGAUGCUAUUAGCACAGAGGCACGGGCUUUCAGCAACGCCGGACGAGCUGGUCUGGACUACUGGACUCCCAAUAUUAACCCAUACAAGGACCCGCGAUGGGGAAGGGGUUCGGAAACACCAGGCGAGGAUCCGUUCCGCAUUAAGGGAUAUGUGAAGGCUUUAAUUGACGGUCUUCAAGGCCGUGAAAAUACCACCAAGGUGAUUGCAACUUGCAAGCACUAUGUGGCAUACGAUCUAGAAGACUGGCAUGGGAUCGAGCGUUUCGAAUUUGACGCGAUUGUCCCGAUGCAAGACCUUGUCGAGUAUUACCUUCCGCCCUUUCAACAGUGUGCUCGUGACUCUAAAGUGAAGUCUCUUAUGUGUUCGUACAAUUCUGUUAACGGCACCCCUGCCUGCGCUUCGACCUACCUGAUGGAGACAGUCUUGAGGGAUUUCUGGGAAUGGACUGACGAGAAUCAAUACGUGACUAGCGACUGUAAUGCUGUCUUAAACUUCCACCGAGAUCACAACUACACCAAAACAGCAGCCCAGUCAGCAGCAGUUGCACUAACUGCCGGGACGGAUACAAUAUGUGAAGUUUCGCCCAACACUGAUGUUGUUGGAGCUUGGAAUAAGUCUCUUAUAGAAGAGUCAGUCAUCGACCAAGCCUUACGCCGUUUAUAUGAGGGCCUCAUAAGAGCAGGGUAUUUCGAUGCCGCCGAAGAAAACCCAUACCGAUCUCUUGCGUGGAAAGACGUGAAUACUACAGCAGCUCAAGAACUGGCGCUUCGAUCAGCCGUCGAUGGGAUCGUGCUGAAAAAGAAUAAUGGCGUGCUCCCCAUUGUCGGCAAUAACGCAUCCGUGGCUUUGAUAGGAUUUUGGGCAGGUCCUCAGUCUUCGAGGUAUCUCACUAUGCUAGGUGGGUAUUCCGGCAUGCCCUCGUUUUAUCACACGCCUCUCUAUGCGGCCCAGAAACUGGGUUUCAAUACUACUACUGCUACGGGGCCAGUCAACCAAUCACUUUCAGACAAUGACACCUGGACUACUGCAGCACUAGAAGCCGCUGGUAAAUCAGAUAUCAUAGUAUAUUUCGGCGGCAUCGACAUGAGCGUUGAAGCGGAGGGUCUAGAUCGGGACGCUAUAGCUUGGCCGGGCGCUCAGUUAUCUCUCAUCGAGACACUGUGCGCACUCGGAAAACCAUGUGUUGUUGUUGAGCUAGGAGACCAAAACGACGAUACACCGCUACUCAUGAACUCCAAUGUUUCUGCUAUCCUUUGGGCGGGCUUCCCGGGACAGGAUGGAGGAACAGCAGUGUUUGAUAUAUUGACUGGGAAGUCUGCUCCUGCUGGCAGGCUUCCAAGUACAGUAUACCCCGCGGAUUAUGUCAAUCAGGUACCGAUGACAGAUAUGACCUUGCGACCGAGUAAUUCAAGCCCCGGGAGAACGUACAAAUGGUACAAUGAAUCUGUCCUGCCGUUCGGAUUUGGUCUUCACUACACAACUUUCGAUGCGUCGUUCAGCAAUGAUGGCAUAGCCAAAAAGCAAUAUGCGAUUGAGGAUAUUUUACGAGGCUGCACGCUGCGUUACUUAGACCUAUGCGACUUCAACCCUCUUGAAAUUUCCGUAAGAAAUACUGGCAACGUCACAUCCGACUUUAUUGCAUUGGCUUUCCUAGCAGGAGAACACGGGCCAACGCCAUAUCCAAUCAAGGAACUAGCUGCAUACACCCGGCUCAAACGUAUUGGUGCUGGAGAAGUGUCAGAGGCAAGGUUGAAUAUCAAGCUAGGAGAACUAGCUCGCAUUGACGAGAAUGGAAACACUGUGCUGUAUCCUGGGAAGUAUCAGGUCUUACUCGACGUCCCAACGCAGGAUCAGAUUGAGUUUGAAUUGACAGGCAACCCCCGGACCCUUAUUGAGUUUCCACAGCCUCCUAAAGAUCUUGGUGAAGGAAAUGGACACGAUAAGCUGUAAUAAGACUACCAAGCUGAACGUAGCCACGUGUAAAUUGAGAUUGAAACCAUUCUGAAGUAAUUGUUGGCUGGAAAUUCGAUAUAUAUAUUUGCAUACUCCCUGCUUCAACUGUGUCCUAAUCUGUUCACGACAAAGUUUGGACAUCAAGCUCUUGAGAGAAAACAAAAAUAUUUUCGCAAUGGCGACGUUACAGAGAA